AUCCCUGCUACAGAGAACGAAGAUUCAAGACACCGCGCUCCCUCGACCCUGCUAUUGACCUUCCAGCUCGCUCGGUGGCCACACGGCACCAUGGGGUCAACAAGUUUUCAAAUAGUUCUGCUCUUGAUGGCGAGUUUUGCAAUCGGGAUUGAAAGCGUGUCUCCAACAGCACCGUCGUUCACGACAACAAGCGCCUCUGAGCCUGAACUGACAACAGCUAAUUCUUUAUCGGCCUCUACUACCGCGCUUCCAACACCUUCAUAUCGCCUACCGGGAGAUCUGCGUCCAGAACAUUACACUUUGGAACUUAAAACUAUCCUGGACGAAGAAAAUUCACGAUUCGAAGGACGCGUCCUGAUUAGGGUUAAAUGUGAGAAGGACACGUCUCGAGUGGUGCUGCAUUCUACAGACCUCAUCUUAAAUACCGACCAAGUGCGAGUCGGAGACAAAGAAAUCAUCGGUCACGAGUUUGACACUCAAAACGAAUUCUACAUAAUCAACCUGAAAGAGGAGCUGAAAUCAGGGAGCAAGUAUUUGAUUGAAAUUCCCUUCGAGGGAAAUUUGACCACCAGCUUAGCGGGCUAUUAUCGAACCAGUUAUAAAGAUAAAGCGACUGGAGACACAAAGUGGGUUGCAAUAACACAAUUCGUAUCAGUUGACGCCCGCAGAGCGUUUCCUUGCUUUGAUGAGCCCGCGAUGAAAGCUGUUUUCCAAGUGAACAUGAUUCGCCGCAAGGGUUUCACCUCCAUGAGCAACAUGCCGCUGGCCAAAUCAGUCCAACUUGACGAUGAUUGGUUCCGCGACGAAUACGUUGAGAGUGUGCGAAUGUCGACGUACUUGGUGGCGUUUGUCGUUUCCGACUUUGCUCACCUCCAAUCCAACACUGGCAACACCACCUUCAGGGUUUGGGCUCGACAAGAUACCAUUGAACAGGCCCGGUACUCGCUGGAAAUCGGCCCAAAGAUUUUAGAUUUCUAUGAGGAAUAUUUCGACGUGCCCUAUCCCCUUCCUAAAAUGGACAUGAUUGCUGUGCAGGAUUUCUCAACAGGUGGAAUGGAAAACUGGGGAUUGGUUACUUACGAAGAGACGUGUAUGUUGUAUGAGGAAAGUACUUCUGAAAUAAAUGAUAAAGAAGAAGUGACGCACGUCGUGGCCCACGAAUUAGCUCACCAGUGGUUUGGAAAUUUGGUCACCAUGAAGUGGUGGGAUGACAUUUGGCUCAAUGAAGGAUUUGCUGUUUACGUUCAAGGGCUCGGAACAGAUCACGUUCAACCAACGUGGAAUCACCGUGACACUAUGGCAGUUAGAUCGCUCCUAAAAAUCUUUUCCAUAGAUUCCUUAAAAUCAUCCCAUCCAGUUUCAAAUAACAUUCAGCACCAAAGUGAAAUCAGGCAAUUAUUUGAUUACAUAUCGUACGUUAAAGGCUAUCUCGUUUUGAGAAUGUUAAACUACGUUUUGGGCGAGGAAACUUUCAGGCAAGGCGUUAGCAGAUAUUUGAAGACUCACCAAUACGGCAACGCGGUCCAAGAUGAUUUGUGGGCCAGUUUUGAGCAACAAUUGCGGGAUGACUCUGCUCGAGAUUCUAGUAGAACGGAUGAAGUGCCAAGGGAAGCGACAGUGAAAGAAAUCAUGGACAGCUGGACGCUUCAAACUGGAUACCCGGUGAUUCACGUCAAGCGUAAUUACGAGGAAGGAAGCGCUGAACUGUGGCAGAAUCGUUUUGUGACUGAUUGGCUCGGCCGGUCGAGUGACGAUCGCGAGAGCUUGUGGUGGGUGCCCAUCAGCUACACGGACCCGUCGAAUGCACUGCUCGACAUCAGCACCAAACCUCGCUUCUGGAUGAACACGUCAAACGCAACUCUCACUGGCCUGCCCAAAAAGGACCAAUGGCUGCUGCUCAACGUUAAUGCCACUGCUUUGUACCGGAUAAAUUAUGAUUCUGAAAAUUGGGAUCUUUUGUCCAUUGCGCUGAGAACCGAGAAAAACCACGGUGGAAUCCCCACUUUGAACAGAGUGCAGAUCAUCGACGACGCGUUUAACCUGGCCAAGGCUGGUUUGCUUGAGUACAACUUGGCCCUGAACCUUCUUCGCUACCUCCGCCAUGAAAGAGAGUACCUUCCUUGGAAAACCGCCUUCUCGAACCUGGAAUACUUAUCCAGAAUGACAAAACGAGGAGGAGGAUAUGGUCCAUUUAGGAAAUCCGUCCGCGCUCUUCUAACUCCCGUUUACAACGCACUUGAUGAACCUUUCAAGCCAAGUGUUGCUGGAGAAACUAUCCCGCAGAUGAAACACCGCGGUCAGGUGCUGGACUGGUCAUGCUCCUUUGGGGUGGUCGACUGUAAAGAAAAAGCCGUGGCUCUUUUCAAAAAUUGGCAGCAGCAAACUGCCCAGGAUCCAGACGUUGUUAAUCCCAUUCCUGUUGAACUGAGAAACGUGGUCUACUGCAACGCAGUAGAAUCAGGAGGCGAACCGGCCUGGGACUUUGUGUGGAAUAGAUUUUUGGGCUCGAACGUCGCCGCAGAAAAAAGUAAACUCCUGUCUGCUUUAGGAUGCGCGCGGGAAAUGUGGCUGUUGCACAGAUUUUUGGACAUGUCCUUGAACGAAUCUUCAGGCAUUCGCAAGCAAGAUAUAGCCAUCGUGUUUAAAUCGGUGGCCACUAGCUCGAGCGGCUUCUACAUUGCGAAAGAAUUUCUUUUCUCACGCAUCAAAGAUAUUCACUCUUAUGUCAGUCCGGAUUUCUCUCGAGUUGGCAACUUCGUCGAAGGUAUUUCUCAUUUGAUGAGUACGAAAAAUGAUUUGGAGCAGAUCAAGCAAUUUGUGGAACUGAACUCCGAAUACCUCAAAGAUGCGAAAUAUGCAGUGAAAGAAGCACUAGAGAAUGUUGAGUUGAACGUGCAGUGGCACUCGAGAUACUAUUCAACUGUUAUUGAGUGGUUCUCUGCUAACGAAAAUGAAGAAUUAUUCGCGUGAUCUGGUAAAAAGUGCGGCAGCGGCAAUUUUUUCUCUCAAAAUCUGUAUUUAAAUUAAUUUAAUUUCUGUUAAAUAGAAGAGCAGCACAUUUAAUCAAUAUUUUUUUCAAUUUUUGUUCCUGUGCAGAGCAUAUUCGGGAAAACCGAAAUUUUGAUUUAGUUCAAUCACAUAAUUAAUAAAAUCUGAAUGACAUUACGUAUUUCUAUCGAACAGCGCGUAAUAUUUAUAAUAUAACACUAUCAUCACCUGUAUGUACUUCCUAUGCUGAAGGUCAAAUAAAUUGAAUUGAAUAAACACUAAAAAACAAAAAUAAAUAAAGGAGUAGGAGCUCGGCUCACCACCCACUACAAUAA